AUGCUGCUGCAACAGCAAUGCACCGUGCCGACGACGUGUGCAGGCCUCACCAGCUACCUCGCCUGCACGGCCACCCUCAACUGCCAGUCGGACCCGGCAGUGUCACAGGUGAUUGCAGACCUGCGGGAAUGCUUCGGCACUGCCGGCAGCGACAACGGAAAUGGAGCGCCGCAGAUGUGGACCACAAACGGCACGCUGUACCUGCAGGCUGGCAACGACAUUGUGUUCCAGACCAAAACGGCAAGCAGCAACAACAAUGACCAUCCCGUGAGCGUCACGGACAUCAAGGGCGUUUUGUCAACACUGCCAACGCUGGCUUUGAAGGGCGACGUGCAGCGCGUGAACGACACCGUGAGCGACGUGGAGGGCGCGCUGCGCACCGAAAUCUCCACCACCAGCGAGGUGGUGACGGAUGCGCUUGUGCCGCGGUUCAGCUCCAUGGAGGCGGCCAUUGCCCGCUCUUUCGCUGCCAUCAACGCGUCUCUCGCCGCCACGUGGUCGUCCCUGGAUGGCGUCAACGCCAGCCUCACAGACAGCAUCCAAGAUGUGCAGCGGCAUGUGAACCGAGCCGCCGCGGAGGCCAGCACGGCGGUCGGCGGUGUUGAUGAUGAUGACGAGGAUGGCGACACGAAUGACGGCAGCAGCAGCCUGACGCAUGGCUCUGCUGUUGCAUUUCAAGGCAACCCGCUCAAGGCGCUGCUUGCGCGCAGGAAGCAGACGUCCAUUGAUGGCAACGUUGAUGGCACGCCGCUGGAGGAGCUGAUGAUGAGUGUUGGGCUGCACGAUGAAGAGGAGGAAGAGGACGACCCGUUUGCAGAGAUGACGCGCGAGCAAGUGUUUGUCGAGCUGCGGUCGUGGCGGGAGAGAUGUGGUACGGAAGGCGAAGGAAACAGCGGCAUAGAACUGACACGCGGAGGAGCAGCAGGCCAAGUCCAACACCACUUCUCCAAGGAUGAGACGGUAACCGCUGUGCCUGCGCCUGUGAAGGUGUUUGGGGACAUCCACGGGCAACUGCACGACAUGCUUGCCUUCUUCCGCAUCUAUGGUGUCCCCCACACCGUCCACGGUGACAUCCACUACAUCUCCUACCUCUUCAUCGUCGGCGACUUUGUCGAUCGCGGCUCCCACUCCCUCGAGGUGCGCUGCUGCUGUCUGUUGUUGUUGUUGUUGUUGUU